AACUUGCUUAGACUCGGAGAACAGAAAAAAAAAGUUCUAAACGAAGCCAGUGUAAACGUUUUAUUAAAAUGCAUUGCGUCGUCGCAGGGAAAUGGUUUCAUUUGUAGUUGCUCGUUAUCACAACAAAACAACCACGAGGUUUUAUAAUUAAUUGUUGACGCAUUAUAAAAUUUUAUUAAGCUCGGAUACACGCCGUGACAACGCAAUGAACUUUAAUUUCCAGGUCAGAGACAGGACUAGAAAAAAUAGCAGUUGUUGUUCCGGGUACGUGGGAAGCAGCACGGCUGCACAUGGCGUGGAAGAAAGCAACACAAAUACCGAAUAAGCGAAUUGUCUUUAUAGUGUGCACCGUCAAACACAUCGGCAGUGACAUUACGUUGUACCUCGAUUUAUGAAAAGUCGCUGAGACGAUGGAGGUGGAUGGCCGUGAAUUCAUCAACUCGCCGAAAUUUAAGACAGUGCGGUUCGGGGGCACUGUGACUGACAUUCUGGACAAAUUCUUACGGGGUGACACCAGUGAUUAUGAACUGUUAAAGCACCAACUCUUAGACCCAGACAUUAAGGAUGCUCAGAUUAUCAACUGGCUCCAGGAGUUCCGGAGCUGUGUCACCCACCUGACCAAGGACUUUGAGCAGCUCGUCUCCGUCAUCCUGAGACUGCCCUGGCUAGGCCGAAGCCAGGAUGUGGUUGAAGAGUACUUGGCCUUCCUGAGUAACCUGGUCUCAGCCCAGACUGUCUACCUGAGGUCCUGUCUUAGCGUGACUGUCUCCAACUUCAUACCGGGGAGAAUUGUAAUCAAGGAAGGAGAUGUGGACAUUUCAGACUCGGACGAUGACGAAGAAAACUUGCCCAGGAACUUUGAUUUGUGUCAUCGGGCCUUGGAAGUUAUAGCCAGAUAUGUUCCUUCAACGGCCAGGUUUCUUAUGCCAAUCCUCCGUGAAAAGUUUCCUUUUAUCAACAAGUCUGGAAGAACAUUGGUAAGGAAACAACUACCUUUAAUAGACACUGAAUCCUAAAACAUUAAGUAACGC